AUGUCAGGACACCACUGCAUCACCCUUGCCGCCAACCCCCCCUGUUUCGAUGGAGACAAGUCCAAAUAUAUGGGCUUUGUGGACUCGUGCACCACCUACAUUGGUGCCUAUUGGUCGGAAUUCUUGCAGGAUGAGACAAAAAUUCUCUUCAUCCUCUCCUACCUCUGCAACAAGGCUGGCACAAGCUGCGCCGCCUCGAGAUGGGCAAUGAACUGGAAGCAGCGCAACUUCAAAAGCCUCAAUGGACUGAAGGCUGGGAACAAACAAUCCUUUGCGGAUUAUAUCUCCGACUUUGAGAUGCUGGCUGUGGACGUGGGGUACAAUGUGGUCACCACCACCAAUGACAAGGGCGAGUACAAGAAGGGGGAUCAGGACAACAUCCUCAUCAAGUUCCUCAAGCACGGGCUGAGCAGCAAGAUCUCAAGUUGCCUCUACAACACUGGUGUCCCUUUGCCCAAGAUGUAUGGUGCCUUCAAGGACUGGUAUGUCAACAUCAAGGCAAACGCUCUGCGUGAUCAGCUGCGCAAAGCAUCGCAUGGGCACUCCACGCCACAACCACCUCCCCAAUUUUGCCCUCAGGCAGCCCCAACAAUGCCUGCACCUGCUCCAACCCAACCCACUGCCAACAAACCGGUUCCGAUGGAAAUCGAUUGCACCCAUGCCUGGGGCCGCAGUAUCAUUUGCUACAACUGUCAGCAGCCUGGGCACAUCACGCGGAACUGCCCGGAGCCGAGGAAGAAGCGCACGUUCUUCAAUAGGGCCACAAUGCUUGAAGAGAUCAAGAACGGGGACAAGGACAACAAGUUCCUGAAGGAGAUUGCUGAGAAACUGCGCGAGAAGGGUUUUUGA